AUGUCCUCAGCAGCCGCAGCCGCAACAGCAACCUCCCAACUCCAAUCCUCCCUCCGCGAACUACACAUAGGCGAAAAAGGCUCUACCACUCCAGACAUCCUACGCCCCAAGCUCACAACAUCCGCCAUAAGCUCUCCAAUCCCCGUGACGAAGAAGAAGAAAGCCCCCGUCGUCGCCGACUCCUGGGAAGAUGAAGCAGACACAGUAUCCGAAGGCGAAAACGAAAACGCAGGCGAUCUAAGUCAAGCAGGGUCUACGGAUAGCAGUCUACCUAUGUCCCCCGCUGCGGUAGAGGGACCUCUCGACCCACCACCGACGCCUAUUUCCCCGCAGACGUCACAGCCCUGGGUGAAUACGUCGGCGUACACGAGUGUUGGGUCGGCUGGUCCUGGCCCUGGGUCUGCGGGUGCGCGGGACCCGAACCGUCGACCGGAGAAGCAGACUGCUGUUGCAGGGAGGCUGAUUGCUGCGGGGUUGGGGAUUCGAGCGCCGAAGAGGACGGAAGAGCAGAGGGCGUAUGAUCGGGCUGUGAAGGAGCAAGAGAUCAGGCGGCGGAAUAAGGAGCGCGAGGAGGCGGCUAAGCUGAAGGAGGAAGAGGAGAAGGCAAAGGCUGCCGUCUGGGAUGCUUAA